AUGGAUUUUAAGUCGAAGCCAGAUGUUUCGGAUUCACAAUCCGAGACCAUGGAUCUUCUUUCGCGUGCAUGGUGCAAUUUCGCAGUUCAUGAAGCUUUCCAGACAGAAUUGCAGGAACGGUCCCUUGUUCUUCAUGAUAGUUCCAUCAAGUUAUUUGAUAAUGAACCUAAAUCGCCUUCCCUGUUUGGCUUGCAGAUGUUGGAUCCCGGUCUGAAAAUGGACAGUACAGAGAGUUCAGUACCUGCGUGGAAAUCCAAUGAUGUAAAGUCUUGGCUAUGGAUGCAACAAGCAAUGCACCCCGAAUUAAACUACAACAGCUGCUUUCGCAAGAAAUGGAUGUCUUGGAAGAUUAAUGUGCCAAUCAAGAAAUGGGUGAAGGAGAUUAAACAGAAGAGAAAAGAAUGUAAAAGAUUGCAACGCGCUGAAGUGCAUGCUGCAAUAUCUGUGGCAGGCGUGGCAGCAGCCUUGGCUGCAAUAGCCUCAGCAGCAGCCACCCAGUCAUCAGAAUCAGAUACCUCCAAGGAUGCAGCCAUGGCAUCGGCGGCGGCUCUGGUGGCAGCUCAAUGUGCAAGGACUGCAGAGGCAAUGGGAGCCAAGAAAGACCAACUCAAAACUGUUAUAGCCUCAGCCAUAAGUGGAACAACUGCUACUGACAUUCUUACCCUUACAGCUGCGGCUUCAACAUCCCUAAAAGGCGCUGCUACGCUAAAAGAAAGAAAUGUUUGCAAGAACAGACUGAAAGGGAGUGCACCAGUGCUGCCAAUUGAGGAAAAUGAUGAAUCUCACUUAGAGGACUUUCAGCAAUGUCUUUCAAUUCUUGCAAAGGGUGCCGACCUCAACAUUGAAACAUCCAACGGUAGAUGCAUGGUAAGGUCAGUAUCUAUUACCUUAGACAAGGAGGACAAGAUGGUUCUCAGAUUGAAGAAGCUUAACCUGAUGAAUACCUUUGCAAGCAAAAAAGAAAGCAUUGUACUAGAUCAACAUGCAGAGUUGUACAAAGAUUCAGAAGGGGAAGAAAGUGAAACAUGUUUUCUUAUUGUGUUAACUACUGAUCGGGGGAUAAUUAAGUUGGAUAUGAUGGAAGAUUAUCACCGUUACAGGUUGUGGGCAAUGACCAUUAACCAUAUGCUCGCACUCUCUACAUCACUUACAAGAUAUGAUGAUCUUGAAUUUCAGAAAAAGUGAAAUCUGUGUUUCUUUUUUUUGCUUCAUGUUGGCAGUAUCUAUUAUAAGUGUGUAAUAUUGAAGGUUUAUAGUGUUUGUUCAACAAUA